UCAAUUUUUUAGUAUAGCAAAUUUAUAUAUGGCACAAUGGGAGGAAGACACAAUAUUCAAAAAUCACAAACAAGAACUUAUAGCAUACUAUAGAUAUAUAGAUGACAUAAUUCUAGUUUGGAAAGGAAAUGAAACGUCACUAGGACAAAAUUGUACACAUGAUAUUGAUUACCAGGAACAGAGUGACAUCCUCAUAAAGAGAUUCAUUAAUAAAGGGUACAAAAAAGAAUAUAUAGUGGAAGAAAGAGAUAGGGUAGGAGUACUAGAUAGAAGAAUAUUACUAACAAAAAGUCAGAAUAACAAUAGUAUGGAUAAUGUUAUGAUUAUUAUAAUGCCGUACAACAAGCAAUAUAAAGAUGUGCAAAGAAUAAUCAAUAAACAUUGGGACAUAUUAAAGUUAGAUAAAGAUCUAAAAGAUAGUAUCCCUGAAAACCCAAGAUUCAUUUAUAAAAAAGCCCCUAAUAUCAGAGACAAGAUAGUGAAGAACGUAUUAAAUCCACCUAAACAAAAUUCACUUACUUUUUUUUCAGGAAAUUGGAUUUUAUAAGUGUGGAAGAUGUUAUAGUUGUAUCAGAACAAAAAAUAACCACAGAAAAAGAACGUAUUUCACCAAUUUGAUAAAUGGUAAAACAUUUAAGAUUAAACAAUUCAUAUCAUGUGACACCAAGGGGGUAAUAUAUGCAUUGAAAUGUCCGUGCAAUAAAAUUUAUAUAGGAAGAACAAAACGCAUGCUAAAAGAGAGAAUAAAGGAGCAUGUUCGGAACAUUUCAAAAGG